AGGAUUGCUGCAUGAGGGUGGGACGAGGAGAGUAAGGACUUAGACUCGGAGUUGGAAGGCGGGCGAAAUGUUCGUCAGCAAUUGCGGAAUGGGCACGCCAAGCGAGUAGAAUUUUCCCAAAACGGGUGCUCCGCUCAGCGCAGAGCAGAUGGGACGAAGAUAGAAGCCUCGGGAUCAUUCCGAUUUGGCUGACUCCGUUCGGCGGUGCCAGCUCAACGAGUCUGCUAUAGAAGAGUGUGCAAUUGCUCGCCUUUCGCUUUUCCGGCGCUGGUGAACAAAGUGUUUCCUGCCCCGCCUCCAUCCAUCGAGUCAUUCAUUUCAUUCUUCUGUUUGUUGAAGAGUGGCACUUCUGGAGACUUUGUUUCUUUGAGGUGGUCGUAUCCGAUCGUUCUGUCCGUCGCAGCCAUGGAAAUUGACAGAAGUUUUCAGAGAAUUGCGCAACUCGCGCAACAAUUGCAGCCUGUUGGAAGAAGCUUGUCGGACGAAACUCUUGGCUCCAGAGGAAUCGAGGGAAUGCCAACUCUUGGAGUUGGACUACCCGCUUUGGAGAUCGAGAAGGCUUUCCCGCAAGCUACCCCAGCCACCAGCUUUCCUCCUUCUGUCUCGGACUUUUAUCAGUUGGAUGAUCUACUGACUGGAGAAGAGCGGGCUACCAGGGAUCGAGUGAGGGCUUUCAUGGAAUCGGAGGUUGCUCCGAUCAUCGCCAAGUAUUGGGAGCGUGCAGAGUUCCCAUUCGAGCUGAUUCCGAAAUUUGCCAAAUUGAACGUUUCUGGAGGGACAAUAAAGGGAUACGGCUGUCCAGGAAUGUCCAUUUUGAGCAGUGCUCUGGUCAAUGCUGAAAUUGCGCGAGUGGAUGCGAGCUGUUCAACAUUUCUUAUGGUUCAUACAUGCUUAGGGAUGCUGACAAUUGGCAUGCUUGCCAGCGAAGAGCAAAAACAAAGAUUGCUCCCUCCUUUGGCUCGCCUUGAUCAUGUUUCCUGUUGGGGCUUGACCGAACCUGGCUAUGGAAGUGAUGCCAGUUCUUUGAACACAACAGCUAAGAAGGUUGAAGGUGGUUGGUUGCUCAAUGGGCAAAAGCGAUGGAUAGGAAAUGCCACUUUUGCAGAUAUUCUGGUUAUCUUUGCGAGGAACACACAGACGAAUCAAAUCAACGGAUUCAUUGUGAAGAAGGGUGCCAAAGGUCUGAAAGCCACAAAAAUCGAAAACAAGAUAGGAUUGAGAAUAGUGCAAAAUGGGGAUAUUGUGCUGUCGGAUGUGUUUGUUCCCGAUGAAGAUCGACUUGCCAAUAUCAAUUCUUUCCAAGAUACAAACAAGGUGCUAGCAGUUUCACGUGUAAUGGUGGCCUGGCAGCCAAUUGGGAUUGCAAUGGGUGUGUAUGAUGUUUGCCAUCGAUACUUGAAGGAGAGAAAACAAUUUGGGGCUCCUCUGGCGGCUCUUCAAAUCAAUCAGGAGAAACUUGUGCGCAUGUUGGGUCAUGUCCAGGCCAUGUAUCUGAUGGGAUGGCGCCUGUGUAAGUUAUAUGAUGCUGGUAAAAUGACGCCUGGUCAUGCGAGCCUUGCAAAGGCCUGGAAUACGAAAGUUGCGAGAGAAGUGUGCGCUCUAGGUCGCGAGCUCUUGGGAGGAAAUGGUAUCCUAGGAGACUUCAAUGUAGCAAAGGCUUUUUGUGAUCUCGAACCCAUAUAUACCUAUGAGGGUACUUACGAGGUCAAUGCGCUUGUAACCGGUAGGGAAGUUACAGGAAUUGCUAGUAUCAAACCUCCUGUCAGCAGCAGGAACAAGCGAUCAUGAACAUAUAUUUUUCCAAAUAUUUGAAGAGUGAAGGGUUGCACAUUACUUCAGGAACCAGGUUCAUGGAUUGAAAGGGAUCAUCAAUAUCCUUCUUCCAAAUGUAAAUCUUCCCUCUAUAGUCAACCCAUGAUUUAACAUUCUGAUGCCACCUAUUUCUUUGUAAAGUAAGGUCAUGUAGGAGUAUCCACCAUUGUUAGCAAGGGGUAUUCGAGGAAUUAUUAAUAUCCACAAGGUAUCAAACUGCUUGUACCUGAAUGAUAUGACGAAGUACCACCGAUUUUUUUGUAAUUACUGUCAUAUUCACAAUUGUGUAAACUUAG